AUGGCUUCGGCAACACGGAAUCAGGUUCCAAAGUCUACACCUCUGGUUUGUUCGGGGCACACACGACCGAUCCCUUCAAUAUCAUUUUCGAGUCUACAACCGGAUGGACAAUACAUGAUUAUUUCUGCCUGCAAAGAUGGCAAACCUAUGUUGCGAGACUGGAUGGGUGAUUGGAUUGGGACUUUUCUGGGCCAUAAGGGUGCUGUUUGGUCUGCUAAAUUGAAUCAUGAUGCCAGUUUGGCAGUCACGGGUUCAGCUGACUUUUCUGCCAAGGUGUGGGAUACGUUCAGCGGGGAUGUAGUGCAUACUUUUCAGCAUGAUCACAUCGUCAGGGCAGUUGAUAUUAGUCCGAGUGGCUCGCAUAUCUUCACGGGUGGUAUGGAGAAGAAGCUACGACGAUACGACCUUUCACGACCGGAUGACCAACCAGAUGAAUUCAUUGCGCCUGGAUCAAAGACGGCACACGAGGGAAUGAUCAAGAGUGUGAUUUGGGACGAGCCACAUCGAUUGAUCAUCAGUGCGGGUGACGAUAAGCGGAUACGUUGGUGGGAUGCACGGCAGGGCGGGGGGAGCUUCGUUUCCGAGUUGGAGUUCCCAGACGGCCUGUUGAGCGUUGAAAGAAGCUUCGGAAGCGACUGGCUCUCCGUCGGAUCCGGCAAGAAGGCCAUGUUCUUAGAUACCGAUACUCGAGAGAUCAUCUUCCAACAUGUGCUCACUUAUCCCGUUUCGUCUUGCUCCCUCGCACCUCGGACUCGGGAUCGAUUCGUUACUGGUAGCUCCAACGACGGCUGGGUUCGAGUUUAUGACGCAAUUUCUGGUGAAAUGAAAGAAGAAAACAAAGGGCAUCAUGGUCCAGUGCAUUCCAUUGCCUUUUCGCCUGAUGGAGAGUUAUACGCUUCAGGCUCUGAAGAUGGUACCAUCAGAUUAUGGCAGACGACACCAAAGAACUAUGGGCUUUGGAGGUAUGAUGCUUAG